CUCAGCCGCCCUUCCUAUAGUUAGAACAGACGGGGAUCAGGGAGCAGAGGAACCGGAGUCCAUCUUUAAACACAACAGCGAAUCCCCGUCACCUCCUCAGUACCCCUGACCCAGCAGGACUACCCCUUCACCUCUCAGGACCCAGACCCCAGGAGGACUACACCAUGGUCGUCGUCACCGCGGGGCCCGGAGCCUCACACAAAGUGCUCCUGAUAGCAGGGAAGAGGACCGGGUCUUCCGGGUGGUGCUUCAGCCGGCCGCUGUCCGCCGUGCUGCCGCCGUCCGCCCCCUCGAGUCCCGCGUCGUCCGACUCGGACUCCCCAUCGGUAGGUGGAGGUGGACCGCCGAUGAGGAAGAGACAGCGGCUCACACACCUCAGCCCGGAGGAGAAGGCACUGCGCAGGAAACUCAAGAACCGAGUCGCAGCACAAACCGCUAGAGACAGAAAAAAAGCCAAAAUGGGGGAACUGGAACAACAAGUCUUGGAGUUGGAGCUGGAGAAUCACAAACUUCACAUUGAGAACGGGCUGCUGAGGGAGAAGAGCAGCGGCCUGGUAACCGAGAACGAGGAGCUGAGACAGCGGCUCGGCUUGAACGCCCUCGAGACGAAAGAGAGCGUCCAGGUCGUGGUCCAGGGGUCCGGUGGGGACGAGGCAGGUUUAGGGGUCGGGUCUUCUGAGUCCGCAGCACUCAGGCUAUGUGUGUCCGCAGCAGGUGCAGGCCCAGUACCCUCUAAACCUGAAGACUUCCCAAUGGUUCCAGAUGGUCCUGACGCUUCAGACAAUGAGUCUGAUCUCCUCCUGGGCAUUCUGGACAUCCUUGACCCAGAGCUGUUCCUUAAGUCUUGUGAGCAGGAGUGUGCAGAGCCGCAGGUGUUGCUGGUCGGCCGGGGGCACCCACUACCGGCCGCCCCACCUGCAGCUCUGGGGGCCGCACCAGUUAAGUUGGAGGCCCUUAAUGAACUGAUCCACUUUGACCACAUCUACACCAAGCCCGUGGAUGUGGAGGAGUGCGACGGGCAGCACAGCGGCCACACGGAGAGCGACACCGAGGUGAAGAUGGAGGCGCCGGUCUACCGCGCCUCCAGCUACGAAGACGACGCCGCCACCGACGCGGACGACGAGGUUGAGCUGGAGACGGAAACGGUCUACGUCAAGGACGAGCCCCAGGAGGAGGCCAUCCCCCGGGGCCGGCCCACGGACGACUUCCUCUCGGCGGCGGCGCUGGGCGGCCUGGACAAAGAGGCCUACCUGGCGGACGCCUACAGCGACUCUGGAUACGAGCGGUCCCCCUCCCCCAUCAGCGACAUGUCAUCCUCCCCCCUGUGCUCCGAGAGCUCCUGGGAAGACGUCUUCGCCAACGAACUGUUCCCCCAGCUCUUCAGUGUCUGAAGCCCAAGCCAAAACCCUGUUGAACCCAGCCUGGUUGCUCACCUAGCGGCCAUCUUGGUUCUUAAAGCUCACUUGGGUUUGGGGGUACUGAAUGUGUGAAGUGUUCAGUCGCCUCCCCCCCCCACUACCAACGAGCAUUUAGAAACAAGGUGGAAAUAAGAUGGCCGCGAGGUGGAUGAAUAGGGCCUGUAAGAUGACUUGUGGUGUAGCAGAACCAGGUGUCGGCCAUAAACGCAUUUUAAUCAUUUAAAGCACCCUCUUAAAGUUAGAAGUAAAUCAGAGUAAUCCUUUUUUACAACAGCAGGUCUGUACAUUUGGCGUUGCUGACUUAUGUCAGAUUUGAGUUCUCGGGUUACAUGGCAUCUCCAAAUGCUAUUGUGGCUCCAGAUGGCCAAAUCGUCCUAUAAUGAAGGGUGGUUUGAGCUCCAGUAUUUCAGUUGAUGUGUCUAUAGGGGACGGGGACUGAUCAUAUAAAUACAAAUCUUAUUUAUUUGUGUAUCAUUUUCAGAGUCUUUGUAUGUAAUUCGUUGGCAUGUAAAAAUGCAUUCUUUAAUUUUAUCGCUCUCCAUGUAGUCUAAUUACUGCAUUAAAGCUUUGCAUUCAA